UUGAAGUUUGCAAAUUUCUUAGCAUUUCAGAUUGUCCCCGGCGUUAUCCCCAUUCAUGAGCAGCUCCAUCCCGGCUGCAAUAUCGACGUCCAUGGGGAGGUCGUACAUGGACAUCACAAGGAUUUUGCCGUUGAACUCGUCUCAGGACCUCACAUUGUACUUCAUGUCAAUUUCCGUUUCCAUCAUACACAUGAAGUCGUAAUGAACUCGGCAAGCCAUGGAGCUUGGGGCACUGAGAUAAAACACAAAAAUCCCCUUCACCAUAAUGAUCAGUUCCAUCUGCACAUCAGUGUACACCAGAGCCACUACGAGAUCAGCGUUAACGGUCAUCAUCUUGCUGACUACACUCACCGCUUCCCAAUGGAAUCGGUCCAGGGAAUCGGCUUGAAAGGAGAUGUUAAGGUCAAGAAGGUUGAAUUCAGCGGAUUCGCUUUCCGUGUUGACUGGAACUCUCAUCGCGAUUAUGGACAUAGUGGUUACAGCGCAUAUGGAACUGACAAUUAUCAACCACCUGCGGUAAGUAUUACACGCUGUUUCAGUGAGAGUGUCAGAUCUGCUGCCGCUCGCUCGGCUUUGCGCGGGAAAUGCGCAGAUGAGGCGCAAAUGCUGGCGAGCGUCAUCAAGAUCUUGUACAUAUAUAUCACUCUGUCCUUCAAAGAAAGCAACAUUAUCGAAAGGGAUUUCGACAAUUUUCAUAUAGAAACUUGA